UUCCUAAAUUCUGUUAAUUGUACAACGCACACAAACAAUAUUUUUAUCUCAAGUGGUUAGAUUAGAAGAACAUAGUCUUUAUUUGUAUAGUCAUGAUUACAACGCGCCAGCUCAAAGCCAAUAAUAUUUUGACAGAAUUGCAAUACACGCAUAUGCGUGUUGUUGAAAUUUGUCAAAUGCUGUUCAUGACAAUGUUGCAAAAGAAGAAAUGGACAAUAUAGAGUCUUAGUUGCGUUUAAAACUACAAUCGAUAAAAGCGUAAAUCUAAUGUCGAUCAUAAGCAAUACAAAGUCAGCGAUAUUACAUUAAAGAAAUGACUAAUUGUUUGAUACAGGCUGAGUGUAGUACUAUACAGAGCACUUAUAUGGUUAAAUGUCAAGUAUUUUAUAAUUAUAGUUAUAAAUGAGUAAUCAGAGUUUUAGGUUAUAAAUGUACUCAUGACGAAGCCACCCACGACAUUGUAAGAACAUUUUUUUUUUGACAUUGCCGAAUUUUGAAGUUUACCGACAAAUACUUUAGUGUUUGAGUCCUGUCAAUUUUUCAUCUCUUGAACAUGUACGCUCUGCAAACGGUUGGUGGAAGUACUACUAGUUCUGUCAAAGACGAUUCUGAAGUGUUGGAAUUGGAGGAUGCAGCCAACUCGAUUGCCGAACAAAUAAUUAGCAAAAGCGCAGCAGUAAAAGAUCUGGAAAACCCCACAGCGAAUGGUACAGCCAAUCCUGCACAACAUGUAAAAAAUAAUUAUGAAAGCAACAGCGGCUACAAUGAAGAAGGUGAAAUUUCAAUCGGUCUGCUACUAUGGACAUGUUUACAAGCUUUUGGAUUGGCCUCCGUAGCCGCCAUCGUUUGCAUUUCCGUAAUAUACAAAGAAGGAUAUUUUGGCGAGUCGGGUAAUGCAAACUCAGCAGUCAUCAAUAAGACACAAAUACGCAAUUGGCACUAUACGCUGUCCACAGUGGGAUUCAUAUACCUUUACGGAAAUUCCAUGUUUAUGAUAAAAAAAAGUAAAAAAAAUACCACUCUGCCUUAUAUUAUGCUGCAUACGUUCGCACUUCUCGUAUCGGCGCUGUCUGUCUUUCUUAUGGUUGUGCGCAGGGAAAUGGGCAAAUCCAACAAUUCCUUAGACUUGAAAAGUAUGCUGUUCGGACACUUGUAUUCGCUACACUCUUGGAUCGGCGCCACCACUAUGCUGUUCUUCACGUUGCAGUGGCUUACCGCGGUGAUAACCUUCGCAAUGCCUUGCUUUCACAGAAUCGGCUUGCCUCUAGGCAAACAGUUCAGUAUGUACACCAUAGUGAUCGCCACCUCAGCUAUCUUGACCGGAGUUAACGAGCACGCCGUUUACAGUCUAAAUACAGAAUACAUGGACUACUCAUCCGAGGGUUUGGCUUUAAACAGUUUUGGAAUCUUGGUUUUAAUAUUCUCACUCUUAACUAUUUACGCUAUGGUUAGGAAACGUAAUUAAUAUCAUAGUUACCAUGAUUAAUUCAACUUUGAGUUUAACAACAGCAAACAACUUAAAAUGUAGAGAAUAAUGAGAUUGACAUUUAGAAUGAUGAUGAAUGGAUGUUUUUUUAUUAUUGUUAAAAACCCCUGUCUACUAAAAAAAAUAAUGUAUACCGAAUUAUUUCAGUGACAUGAUAGUUUAUACAUGUUAUAUUAUUUCGAUUGUAUACUACUUAUACUUAAUAUAUCAUACCAUAUUAUCUUUUUUUAUUAUGA